AACCCUGAUUUCCGUUGACGUUGACCACUUGUUGAUCUGAGAGCGCGCACGGGAAACCCCGCAGUGACAAUCUAAUUCCACCCAGGCUACAGCUGUCCUAAACCGAGGGACCUAUUUUAUGUCAAUUAACCACUUAAAUAAGUAUUGAGUAUUUGUUUCUUUCUGAGCCUUGUACGCCCAAACCGGCUAGAACUCUCAAUCCGAACCGACAGCCCAGACGCGCCCUCAUCAUGUCCGGCGAAGAGGCUCCAACUCCACAGCCCGAACAGGAGCAGAAGCCCCACGAACCUCCUCCUCCUGCGGCGGCGGCGGCGGCGGAAGAGUCUGCGAGCCUUCCGCCCGCGGCCGAGGAGAAGCCCGUCUCGUGGCGGGCCGUGGUCCUCACCGGCCACGGGGGCUACGACAAAAUCAAGCUCCAGGUGAAGACGCACGCGCGGCCGCCGCCGCUGCGCGAGGGCGAGGUGCUGGUGCGCGUGAAGGCGUGCGGGCUGAACUUCGCGGAGCUCCUGGGCAAGCAGGGGCUGUACGAGCUGCUGCCCGCUCCGCCCGUCACGCUGGGCAUGGAGGGCUCCGGGGUCGUAGAAGCCGUCGGGGAGGGAGUGCUGGACAGGAAGGUGGGAGAUCGAGUCAUCAUGUUGGACCGCAGUGGCAUGUGGCAGGAAGUUGUUGUCGUGCCGGCCGACCGCACUUUCCUCAUGCCCGAGCAGAUGAGCUUUGAGGAGGGUGCUGCUAUCCCCAUAAACUACUUGACCGCCUACAUGAUGCUCUUUGAGAUGGCCAAUGUGAGGCCGGGCAAGAGUGUUCUCAUCCACAUGGCAGCAGGUGGUGUUGGUAUCGCUGUCACCCAGCUGUGCCAGACUCUGCCAGAUGUGACUGUUUUUGGCACCGCAUCAGCCAGCAAACAUGAGAUUAUUGCCCAAGGCGGCGUAACUCACCCCAUCGACUACCGCACUAAAGACUACGUGGAGGAAAUUCGCAAAAUCAGCCCAAAAGGAGUGGACAUCGUCCUCGACCCACUUGGUGGGUCAGACACCCAGAAGGGCUUUAAUUUGUUGAAACCUUUGGGCACACUUAUAGUCUUUGGUGCAGCCAAUUGUGUGACGGGCCAGAAGAAGAACCUGUUGGCCAUGGCAAAAACGUGGUACAACCAGCUCUCUCUCAACACACUCAAACUGAUGCAGGUAAACAAGUCGGUCGGUGGCUUCCACCUGGGCUACCUCACUGAUGAGGAGCUCAUCAGCAGGACCAUGAUCAAGCUGCUGGAGCUCUACGGGCAGGGAAAGAUCAAGCCCCGCAUCGACUCAUGCUAUCACUUCGAGGAGGUGACUGAUGCCAUGAGGCGCAUGCAUGAACGCCAAAACAUUGGGAAAGUCAUUCUUCUUCCUGAAAGGAAGCAGGAAGAGGCCAAAUCUAAUUCCAACGCUGAGCCGGUAGAAAAUGCGGAAAAAACGGAAGCUGCCAUCGACGAGAAGGAAGCGGAGGUCACAGAGGAAGUUAAAGCAGAGGUUUGAGGCAGAAUGUUGAUGUUUUCAAACACUUCUUGAAUGUGUUCUGUGUUGUUCACCUGUCCCAAAGGGAAGAAAAGCAAGAUAGGGUGUCAGUACUUUCUAAUGCUAUCAAAGAUGUUGUGCAUUAUGUCUACAGUGUAGUGUUUUUGUUUUAAAUUAAACUGUACUCGAGGGAGGAAUAAUGUGUUCUGGUAACAGUUGGAAGUUAACAACGAAGGGAUGUGCCUUCCCCAUGACGACAGAUGAGCAGCCAUUCUGUUUCUUUUUUAAUCGCCAUUAAGUCUGACUGAGUCAUUUGAAUGUGCUCCAGAUAUAUUGUUUUGUUAAGUCCUUUGAUCAUGUUACAGAUUAUGAAUUUGAUAAAGUAAUGAGUACUUCCUGUUAGGAAUAGUAGUGGCCGUUCAGUCCUUUUCUAGUCAAUGUUGUUAUUGGACCAAAGUCUCUUUGUAUUACAGUUCAAAUUGUAUUUUUUCUUUAUUUGUGCCAAAUUCAAAGUCAGCUUUCACCACGCCCACAAAGUCAGCUGUGAAUGACAAUUGGCAGGACUUCCAGGUCUCGGCACUCUGGUGGGUUUUCUUCCAAACAGUGUUGAGCUAAAAUGGUUGGGCAAGCCAGUGAUUGAUUUAGCUGCUUUUUAAAAUUAUACACAGCGCCUUUAAAUGAAAUAUAAGUGUUUACAUGACUGCAGUACAGUAUGUGUUUCUUAGUCAUUCCCUCUAACUAUAGGGAGUGGGUCAUAACAGUUGUGGAGAAAAAAAAUUAGAUGCUCUAUUUGUGCACUUUGUAUUUCUUUGUGAAGCUCUUAAAGUCAAGUGAUGGGUUAUUAAGCUCAUCUUUUGAAUGGAUGAUCUUAAACAGGACUCUGUAUGGUUAGUCCAGCCUUCGGUGUAAUUCAGUGCUGUCACACAGAAUCGCACUAUUUGCGUUUUAUGUAACAUUAAAAGGUUAUAUGUAAUGUGAAAGUCUUAUUUCCCCAUAAUAACUUGAUAUUAUUGAUAAAUGGAUACAGUAUUCACCCAUGCAGUGAGGGACAUCUGGUGGUGAAAUUGUGCCUUAUAAAUAAAAUACUCUACAGUGUUGCUUGCCUUGUUGAAUGUAAAACAUAAUUAUAGUCGAGCCUCCUCACAUUCCAAUGAGAUUUUAGUAACCCAUUCAGAGAUUCUAGCAUUCUUCAGUACUCAAACGUAUGUUUUAUUUUUAUUUUUUAUAAAUCUAUUAUGAUCACGAUAAUUCUGUGUGUUGAGUAUUUGGUAUCUUGAGCGUCAAAAUCUUUGUCUCAAUAAGUGAAAGCUUGUGACUGUAUUCAUGAUGGGAUCAAACAACGCUGCCUUUUAUCAUUUUUAUACACACUUUAUGCACUCACCUUUGUUAAAUGGAACCAACCGGUCUGUAUUAUUAAAGUACUAUUGCAAUGUU